AUGAUGAAUGGGACACCAGUCCUAAUAACUCUUGGUGGCUAUGUCAAUGUGGAUAAGUAUAGAUAUGUUUACUUUCUGCUUUUGUUAACAGUAUACAUUUUCAUCCUCUGCUCUAAUUGCAUCAUUAUUUAUAUCAUCUGGAUUCACAGGAACCUUCACGAACCCAUGUAUAUUUUUAUUGCAGCUUUGUCAUUCAACUCGCUUUUUUACAGCACCGCUAUAUACCCCAAAAUGUUUGUUGACGUCUUGUCUCACAGGCAGAGCAUUUCUCACUCAGUGUGUUUGUUUCAGUCGUUCUUGUUUUACACUUUUGGUGGUUCUGAUUUCCUUCUUUUGUCAGCUAUGGCUUACGACAGGUAUGUGUCAAUCUGCAAGCCUAUGCAUUAUGCAACUACAAUGAGCAAAACCAAUGUCAGCGUCCUGUUGGCUUUGUCCUGGUUUCUCCCUGCCUGUCAGGUAGUGGCGAUAGCCAUCUUUAGGGUGAAGAAAAAAAUGUGCAGGUUUGUCUUAGCGGGGAUUUUCUGCAACAAUUCUGUGAAUAGCCUUUAUUGUGUAAGAUCACAAAUGCUGGACAGUUUGGGUGUGUUCAUAUUUUUCAACAUUGUGGUUGUCCCUGUGCUGUAUAUUCUCUUCACAUACACUAAAAUAAUUAUCGUGGUGUAUCGACGUUGCAGACGAGCCCGAGAAAAGGCAGUUGAGACCUGCUUACCUCACCUUGCGGUUUUAUUCAGCAUCUCCUGCUUGGUUGUGUUCGAUGUCAUUGUGGACAAAAUGGAGGCGGAGAUUCCAAAGAGGGUUCGCUUGUUUAUGAUGCUGCAAGUUGUGGUGUACAGUCCUCUUUUCAAUCCAAUCAUAUAUGGAGUGAAGAUGAAAGAAAUCCGCAUCCACAUCAUGCAGUUGUUACGCCACCUUGUCAAAAAAAAGGAAUUUAGAUAG